UACCGGAGUCUUCCCCCAUAAGAAUAUUCGAGAUAAUGUAGGGGAGAUCACUCCCGGUUUAUAUUAUAAUGUGAUCUACAUGGAAAUUACCAUCGCAUUGAUUUUUUAAACUGCAGGCUUUGGCUUCCCACGAUACAAGAUGGCGUCAGAUUAGUUAGUGUUUUAAGAUUCCUUCUCAUUUGUGCCAUAAUUCUAGUCUAGUAGGCUUAGAUCUGUACGGAAAUAUUUAUUUGAAACAAAAAAUCACAGUAGCUGCAAUUCUGAAUGGAAGGAAUUGCUUCACGAAGUCAUCUGGACCAAACGACACUAAAUAUUAUCAAUUAUCUCGAGAAAAGAAAUGGCAUUUGUCAAAUAAAUCAUGAUGUCAGACCUCCAGCUGAGCGCUCAGUGGUUCUCAUGUGGGAACAGAAGAAUUCUCUGUUGCUGCCAGAAGAUCUCAAGAAUUUUUUCCUCACAAACAAUGGCUUCCACUUAACUUGGUCAGUAAAAAUUGAAAGCCUAACAAUUCCAGUUGGGAACAUGAGCAUAUGUUCCAUUGGGCAGAUGGUGCCUGUACAUAUCAACUCCAUUGAGGGAACUCCUAGUCAGCCCUCCCUCUGGGAUCUGGAAUGGGAUGAUGAUACAACUGGUAAAAGAGUUCCUAGUUUUACUAAAAACAAAAUCUUCCAGUUAGAUUCAUGUGAAGGCUAUGGCAAGGCCUGUCUAGUCUACACAACUUCUGAACAUGAUUUUAAAACAGAGUAUUGGUUUUUGGACCGCUCUUUAAAAUGGCACUAUUUGUGUCAUAGCUUCCAGGCCUACUACCGGUUGAUGCUAAUGCACCUAGGGUUGCCACAUUGGCACUUAGCUUUCACAGAUGUUGGGCUGCCACCAACAGCCAAGCAAUGGUUUAACCUGUAUGCUCCAGUUCGACUUGAAGUGGACACUGAGUGUGAGACCAACCACACAGCUGAUGAAACUGUUACGUCUUCACCUCUAGAUUUAAACAAAAUUUUCAAAGGGAAAAAUGAACGCAAAAAGCCGGCAGUUCCACCUGGCAACAUGGGAAACAAAAGAAAGCCAGCAGUGUCUUCAGCCAGAUCGGCCACAUCUUUGGGAAAGACCAUGGGGCCAGUUGCCAAUCAGAGAUAAUGCAACAGCAGUUGUGCAGCAAAUAUAUCAUUACAUUAAAGAAAAUUGUAUACUUUGCAAUG